AUGCCGCCUUGCCGUCCCACCAUCCGGUGCCCCAAAGCCCCCAAGGAAGCAAAAUUACUGGAGGUGGAGAUCAGGGACUUCCUGCGGCGAAAUGCCGCGAACUGUAGCAUCCAAUCCAUCUUCACAGCGCUUGCCGCCAGCGAUACGUUCCUUUCGACAUUCUACGGCCGCAUGCCUUUCGUCAUCGGCUGUGCCGACGCCGUCUCGGAGACGUGGACUCUGGAGGAUCAGCUGAAGCUGUUGCAGCCCGGGAGUUACCCCUCCUUCGCCGACAAGCCAGACCUGCACAAGGAGGUCGUCAAACUGUCCGGCUACUCUCGCUUCACCCACUCGGCAAUCGGCCAGCUCAAGGCACACUCCUUCAUGGCACAAGACAAUGUGACGGCCGACAAAAAGGUGACUGAAGAAACGUGCGAGAACCUCACUGAUGAGCUUGUCCGGGAGCGUGUGAAGAACAGCACUUGGGUCUUAUCCAGUGGCAACUCCCUCUCCCCGCGCCUUGCCGAGGUCUGCCAGUCUUUGCAGUCGGCUUUCCAGCUUCCCUUCAUCACCCUGAAUGUGUACAUCUCGCACCUGGACGCACCCGUCACUGCGCCGCUGCACACGGAUCGCUUUGACUCCUUCAUCAUGCAGACUGAGGGAUUCAAGCGCUGGCGGAUCUUCGGGACGAGCAGCGCGGUCCCAGCAUGGCCAGUCCUGGAUUCCGGGAUGACGGACAGGGGGAAGGCCGGAGAUGUCCUUUACCUGGAGCAGGUUGGCGACAUGCUGAUCGACGAGACUCUCGCACCCGGUGAUGUUUUAUACCUCCCUCGAGGUUUCCCUCAUGCCACCAGCACUUUUGGCCUGUCGGAUGAGGUAAAGAAGCGCGGGAGUCAGAUGGGGUCGCCCUACUCGACGAGCCUGACAGUAAGCCUCCUCUUGGAGUCUGUGGGUCUCACCAUGGACAAGGCAUUUCGGUGUGCUGCAGGCAUGCACGAGGGCCGCAACCACCUGGGUCAGUGCUUCAGCGCUGAAGAGGUGCUGCGUGCAACACCCGAGAGACAGUCAAUGAGGGCAGUGCUGCCCCUUGGAUUCCUGGCCCGCACCGUGGCGCCGGAGUUGAAAGGACAGAACCUCUUGGAAGACUGGGAGAGGCUCGAAGCAACUUGGAUGGAGGGCAUGCUGAAGAAAAUGCACGACCUCGCCGUAGAGUGCGGCUUGGAAAGGUGGCUUCAAAGCUCGGCUGGGAACGGGAUACAGCUCACAAGAACGCUGCAGCAUCUGUGGCGCUCCAUGCCCAUUGCCACGGAGUGGUGCAGAGAGCGCGUGUAUGCCACAGGUUCUAUCCUGAGCCAGAUACCGCCAGACAGCCGCCACGAGGUUGAAGAAAAAGCGCUGAUCGAGUUUCCGUUCUUUCCCGCGGACGGCUUGAUGUUCGCGAAAUCGCCCUCUAUCAACUCUCCGGUGCCCACGCUGUAG